GGGGUUGGGUCAGCGAGAGGCCGGAAGCGGGGCAGAGCGGCGCCGAGGGGGAGGGCGCUCUGCGCGCCGUGGGGGGGGGAGCUCUAUGAGGGGCGCCGCCGUCCCCCCCCCUGCACCCCCAUGGCGCUGCGGGACGCCCCCUCCGCCUGCCCGGCCCUGUGGCGCUCGCUGCGCUGCCCGACGGCCGAGCUGCGCCUGGACCUGGUGCUGUCCUCGGGGCAGACGUUCCGGUGGCGGGAGAGCAGCCCCGGUGCCUGGACGGGCGUGCUGGGCGCCCGCGUCUGGACGCUGGUGCAGGAGCGGGACCGGCUGUGGUACACGGUGUACGGCGAGGAGCCGCCCGGCCCCGACACCGACGGGAUCCUGCGGGACUACUUCCAGCUGGACGUGGGGCUGCCGGCCCUCUACCGCGCCUGGGGGGCGGCCGACCCCCACUUCCGUAGGGUGGCCGGCGACUUCCCAGGGGUGCGGGUGCUGCGGCAGGACCCGGUGGAGUGCCUGCUCUCCUUCAUCUGCACCUCCAACAACCACGUCGCCCGCAUCGCCGCCAUGAUCGAGCGCCUCUGCCAGGCCUUCGGCCGCCGGCUGUGCCAGCUGGGCGCGCGGCCCUUCCACGCCUUCCCCUCCCCGGCGGCGCUGGCAGGCAGCGACGCCGAGGCCAAGCUGCGGGCGCUGGGCUUCGGCUACCGGGCCAAGUACGUGAGCGGCAGCGCGCGGGCCAUCGCCGAGGGGCUGGGCGCCGAGGGGCUGCGCCGGCUGCGCGCCGAGCCCUACGCCGAGGCCAGGAGGGUGCUGUGCGCCCUGCCGGGCGUGGGGACCAAGGUGGCCGACUGCGUGUGCCUGAUGGCGCUGGACAAGGCGGAGGCGGUGCCCGUGGACACCCACGUCUGGCGCGUGGCGCGGCAGCACUACGGGGCCGCGGCGGGCGCGCGCUCCCUGACGGCCCGCGUGCACCAGGAGAUCGGAGACUUCUUCCGCGGGCUGUGGGGACCCUACGCGGGCUGGGCGCAGGCAGUCCUGUUCUGCGCCGCCCUCCACAAGGGGCAGGAUGCGGCCGGCAGCGGGAAGCGGGCCAGGAGGGGCCGGGGCCGGGAGAGCUGCGGGGACGAAAAGCCCUAAAGGGGGGGGGGGGGGGGGGGUCACGAAGCCCUAAGGGGGGAUCACAAAGCCCUAAGGGGGGGGGCACGCGGCCCUAAGGGGGGCCAGGGGCAGCGCUGUGGCUGUCCCCCCACCCGCUGCGCGCCCAGGGGAGCUGCUGGCGCCGAGGGAGCUGCUGGCCCCAGGGGGGGCCGAGCCGAGCUGGGCGGCUUUCGCCUGUUUCCUUUAUUACAAGCAAUAAAAUAGAAACAU